AUGUAUUUGUUAAAAAUAAUAAUAUAUAAAUAAAGAUUCCCUCCUUUUGAUCAAAAUCCUCUUAAAUAAUAUGAAGGAAUGCUUUAAAAAAAUCUUAAAAAGGAACGAAUUCGGAAAACAUCUGUAUCCAUAAUAGUAUCAUAAGAUGUGAAUGCAAUUUGUGCAUUAAGAAUUCUGACAGUAAUAAUAAAAGUUUAUAUGGAUAGUUCUUUUUAAAUAGAGAGAAUUUGCAAUUUCAAAUGAUUCCAGUAUCAGGAUAUUCUGAGAUGACUGAAGUUAUACAAAAAUGUGGAAAUAUGUAGAAGAGUAUAAUAUUAUUGAAUUGUGGAAAUGUUUAUGAUAUGAGUGAAUUUGUAAAGGGAGAUAUAAAGUUCUUUUAUUUGACAGUCAUAAACCAAUUAAUCAUAAUAAUGUGA